CUCCGGUCUGAGCAGUUCACUUCUGAAUCGCCUAACAGUAUUUCAUAGUAUUAGAGUUUACAGCUUAAAAGAGUCAUGAUUCUUCUUACGGUGCUUUUCCUAUGCAUCAUUUCAACCUACUCAGCAUCUGUGAAAGAUUGGACUGGACAGCCCUUCAACUAUAGGGUGCCCCCAAACAGAGGGAUUUUCAUUGGUAUUCUCUGUGAAGCAGGACAUGUGACCACCCUAGCAAUUAAGCCACAAUACUGGUCCACGGAUAAACAAUGACAAGUUAUAUAAAUUUACCUAUACCACGGAAGUAAUUAUCAACAGGGUGAAAGGUUCGCCACAGGAGAGUGUGGGUUACCGAAUUUCAUCUGAUGUAGAUGUCAACUUAGUAUGGAGAAACCCCAAUAAUGAUGAUGAUCAGUUGAUCAAAAUUAUGUUUAAAGAUGUAACUAUUGAAAAUGUGAAUGAGCGUCCUGCUGGGAAAAAUAUUUUUAAAGGGAAAAAGACAGAUGAACUAAUCGAAAAAGAGCAUCUGACUGCUUUGAAAAGGCCUGUGGUUCUGCACUGGAUUCGAGGAAAGAUUAAAACCUUCUACUCCUAUGAAAAAGAACCUGCAGUUAUUCAAAAUCUCAAAAGAGGUUUGGCUAGCUUGUUUCAGAUACAGAUGCAUUCUGGGACUGCCAGUGAGGUGGAUAUCUGUGGGAAAUGCAAUGUUACUUACCAGACGCGACAAAACCAAGUCACUAAAAUAAAGUCUUGCAAGUUAGAACGGACAGGUUUUACCAGUCAUAACCGGCUCUUAGAUGUCAGCAAAAAAUCCACUUCAGCUACAAUAUAUGUGCUGGAAGACACCUUCAUUAAAUCUGUGCGGGCAGAGGAAAAUCACGUUUUAAAUGCACACAUUGACCGAACAGUUGAUGCAAAAGUAGUUUCAAAGCAGAAAAUGGAACUGAAAUCAACAGAAGCUGGGCCAAGGGUGAUGCCUGGGAAGCAAGCUGCCAACAUUGUCAAAGCUCUGGAUUCAAAUUAUGUUGCCAUUUCACUCAUGGCAGAGCCUGUCCCAGAUGAAUGCAGAAAUUGUCCCUCAGUUUUUCAGCAUUGGGAAGCUAUCCGAAAACAGUUGGAACCAGAAAAUCUUUCCAAAGCUGAUGCUGUAAGAGGAUUUUUGUCUUUUAUUCAGAAUUUAAGAAAAGCUUCAAAAGAAGAAAUCCUCCAGAUACUGCGAAGUGAAAGAAAUGUGGGAGUACUUCCCCAGUUAGUUGAUGCUAUAGCCUCUGCACAGACCUCAGCUUCUCUAGAAGCCAUGCUGGAUUUUCUGGAUUUCAAAAACAAGAAUGCAUCUGUCCUCCAGGAGCGGUUCCUCUAUGCUUGCGGGUUUGCUUCUCACCCAAAUGAGUUACUACUUAAAUCUUUAAUUAAUAUAUAUAACAGUCAGAUUGGGAGCAGCGAAAUCCGAGAAAUGGUUGUUAUAAUUACUGGCGCCCUGAUCAAAAAGCUGUGUGACAGAGGAGGCUGUAAACUGCCUGCUGUUUUGGAGGCCAAGAAACUGAUAUUUGGGGGCUUGAACAGAGCACAAAAAGCUGAUGAUGUGAAGAUCUAUCUUCUGGCACUGAAGAAUGCCCUUUUGCCUGAAGCCAUUCCAGUGCUUCUGAAAUAUGCGGAGUCAGGAGAAGGGCCCGUUAGCAACGUUGCUGCUACUGCUCUGCAGAGAUAUGAUUAUUCUUUCAUUACCAAUGAGGUGAAGAAAACAAUGAACAGGAUUUAUCACCAGAACCGCAAAAUUCAUGAGAAGACUGUACGCACCACUGCAGCUGCCAUUAUCUUCAGCAACAACCCUUCGUUCAUGGAAGUUAAAAAUCUCCUGCUCUCGAUUGGAGAGCUGCCACUGGAAAUGAAUAAGUACAUGCUUUCCUUAGUCCAGGACAUUCUGCAUUUUGAAAUGCCUGCCAGCAAAAUGAUCCGCAGAGCUCUGAAGGACAUGGUAAUUCAUAACUAUGAUCGAUUCUCGAAGAUGGGUUCUUCCUCGGCCUUUUCUGGGUACUUAACACGUGUCCAAGAUGUUACAUCUACAUAUAGCCUUGACAUUCUUUACUCUGGCUCUGGCAUCUUAAGAAGAAGUAACAUGAAUAUCUUCCUUUUCAAUAACUUUGCUAAGCUGCAUGCCAACCAGGUGGUCAUUGAGGCUCAGGGCCUGGAAUCUAUAAUAGCUGCAUCUGCAGAUGAAGGUGAAGAAGAUUUGGAAUCCUUUGCUGGCAUGUCAGCAAUUGUGUGUGAUGUUCAGCUUCGUCCAGUCACCUUUUUCCAAGGGUAUGGUGAUUUAAUGUCUAAAAUGUUCUCAGCAACUGGAGACCCCAUAAAUGUUGUAAAAGGACUCAUCCUCUUGACAGAUUACUCACAGGUAAUUCAGCUACAAUCUGGUCUGAUUUGCAACACUGAAUUCCAGGGAGGCAUUGCCAUUGAUGUCUCAGGAGGGAUGGAAUUCAGCCUUUGGUACCGAGAAUCCAAAACCAGUGUUAAAACCCGGGGAACUCUGGCAGUCAUUGGCAACAUUGUUGUAGAUGCCUCUUUUGUGAAGGCUGGCAUGGAAACCAGUUCUGAAAUUGAAGCGACACUGGAUGUGAUCACCACUGUCCAGUUUUCACAAUAUCCCUUUUUAGUUUGCAUACAGAUGGACAGAACUGAGAAUCCAUUCAGGCAAUAUGUAACUAAAUACGAAAACCUACCAUCUGGAAAACACUAUGUCUCCCGGAAAGGAAAAGUGAGGCUGCUGGAGGGUUCUGAAUACCCCCUUCACCAAGAGAACUCUCACAUGUGCAGAAGAGUUUUCAGCGACCAGUCUGACUCCUCAGAAAGUUGGUUUUAAUAGACAUCUGACCAAAACCAUGCCUAAUGUUGGUUUCCAUGUAUUGCUGUGCUAGUUUAGAGCCUGAAUCUGUGAUGGUCAUGUCUAGGACAACUUUGCUGUCAACUUCAAGCGGCCCAGAAUCAAGUCUUGUGUAUGUAUGUGUGUGUGUGUGUGUGUGUGUAAAUUUGUGUGCACUUGUUUACAUAUUUACUUGUAUUUAAAAAGUAGGGGUUUGGGGGUGGGUAACAAGCAGUGGCAAGAAUCCAGCUUGAUGCAAUUCUAGGAGUCAAGGGACUUAUUGAUGGCCCAGCAAAAUGUGACAUAGUACCACACCCUAAAUUUUCACAAAGUGUUUUUCUUUGAGAUUUUUCAAAAAUAGUUGGAGUGAGAGGAAGAUGCAUCUUGGAAUGGGGCCACAAUGCUGGACUUUUUUUUUCUAUCUCUAUCUCCAUCAUUCCCAAAACUUAAAAAUUCCUCUAAGGUUAUCACACUCAGACAAGAUAGUGACAUGAUCACUCUACCGUCCUUAUCCUGUCCAUGGAGGAGGAUCAUAUGAAAACCUUUCAUAUCAUAGUGCUGAUUCUGUCAUUAUCCUGUCAUUGAAGCAGCAUUGCAUUAAGGCGAACUCUCAUUAAUGCAAAAUACUGGGGCAAUGCACUUCAAUGACAAGACAGUGACAGGACCAGCAUGACGUCAUUUGAAAGGCUUUCAUAUGAUCACUGUCACCCGCACUUUCUGGACAGGACAAUGUCCAGAUAAGCAUGACAUCAUAUGAAAGUCCUUCCUGUGAUUGCACUGUAAGGACAGGACAGGGACAGGACAAUGAUGUGCUGUCCCCCAUGUGAUAAUCUCUGGUGCUACUUGUCUCAAAAGGCAAACAGAGGCAUUUGUACUGUAUCUGUCCUUUCUCCUCUCCAUGUCAUAAGUGAUUUAAUUGCAGAAAUUUUAAGUCAGAGAAGUGGCACACAGGGAAAGGUUUUAUUCAUCCUUGCUUAACAUCACACACAAACAGCUGUUUUAACCAUAGAAAACCAUAGAGUGCAGGAGAUUCAGUUGUGAAUUAUCCUUUUGCAUCUAGUUUGUCCCAGAAUAUCUAUGUCGCUUUUUUGAAAGUUACACAGUAAAAUAACGAUUAUUUAUAGAUGUAUUUAUCAUUGUGCAAUCCACACUCACCUUACUCCAAGCAGACCCAUUGUUAAGGGAUUAUCAUUUUAGUAGGUUUUUUUUAAAAAAGAUGUUCUUAAAAACCGUAUUCUGUGCAAGGAAUCAGUGUAUUUGGCAAGCUUGAUCUCGUUGAGAGUCGUUUUUUUCCACUGUCAAACUUGUUCAGUCCUGGUUCUGUAGGAAUGUUUGUUUCCUCUGCACAGAAAUUAGUAUGCAUUCUAUGUACAUUUUUCAUAUGUAUCCAUUUUGCCUGUGCAUGUACCCAAUGCAUACAGCAUCUUUGUAUGCAUUUUAGAUUUUUUUUUCUUUACCCUUUUUUCAAAAGUGAGCCUAUAUAGCUGAAUGGAAGAAAUGACUCAUGUGCAACAACUCCAUUCAUUUUAAUCGAGUGUGAGUAGAUCUUCCUGAUGGAUGUUUGCCUCUUCCAUGUGUGCUUUUGCAUGAUUUGUUUAAUUGUAAUAGAGAGGAGGAAAUCUUGGUGUUAGGAAAAUACAUGAACACAUACAUUAUGACAUAAACUUUAUUUUUAUUGUUUCAAGUUAUGUGUGUUCAUAAAUAAUUAUUCUAUGUAUUAUUUUAGUGAGUCUGCAGGAUGUAGUUUAUAAUUUACAGAAUAACCCCAUGCAUGAUUACUCAGAAGAACCACUAUAUUCAAGGCCCUACAUGUAAGUGCUUUUAAGAUUUCAGCCUUAGACUAAUCCUUGGUGCUCUUUUUGGUUCACCACCCCAUACCCCUCUAUUUGUUUGUUUAGAAGCCAUCUGUCUAUUCUGAAGAAUUUAGGUGCACUCAUAAAUUAUACUUUAUUUUAAAGUGUGAAUUGUAUUUGAUGAAGGAAACAUGUGACUUCAAUAAAAACACAUAUUCUGUA